UUUACACCUAACCCAUGUGUUUCAAUAUUACAUUGUUGGCAAGGAUUCUAAUCAAUUAUCUAUACUUUCCAUUCAUAUGGAAAGCCUCUACAGUUAGAGUUGACUUCCUCUUAUUCGACAUCUCUUCCUUGUUCUCAACGUCCAACAAUCGCUUUGAAAAUACAAAUGCAUGUCUCUGUAUAUUACACGAAUUUGGUUGGAGUUUUUCAAUUUGCAUACGGUCGUACAAGAAUACAGACAUGUCAGCCACCAAGCGAAUUGCAUAUUGGAUGUCCGAGAAGAAAUCGCAGAAGAUUAAUUGGGAGGAGUUCAAGGGGAUUAGUGCCAAAUACGGAUUUGAAUUAUUUAAGUUGGAUUUAAAUCGAUCCUUGCAGAUGCAAGGUCCCAUUACAGUAUUUCUACACAAAUUAACAGAUAUUAUAGCGUUAGCCGAUCAAGGUGAUUCAAAUUGCUCAAAAAUAAUCCAAUCAGUAGAAAGUUACAUAUCAGCUCAUGACAAGUUGAUAGUCAUAGAUCCCAUAGACAAAUUACGUCAAUUACUAAACCGUUACCAAUCAUAUACUAUCAUUCAAAAGACAGAUCUUCAUAAUUAUGGCGUUUUCACACCAAAUUUCUGCGAGAUUACCGAGCGCAACACCAAUCUGAUAGCGGAGAAGCUGAAAGCCGCCAACAUUUCCUACCCGUUCAUAUGUAAACCGCAGCUGGGACACGGAUCGAAGAAGGCGCACGAAAUGCUCAUCAUCUUUAACGAAAACAGUUUGGAGGACUGCAAAGCUCCGUGCGUCGCUCAAAACUUUAUAAACCAUAACGCGGUGCUCUUCAAGAUCUUUAUUGUCGGCGAGAAGAGCUACUACGUGGAAAGACCGUCUCUAAAAAAUUUCUAUGCGAGCGAUAGUUGCUCGAUCCUAUUCGAUAGCGGCGCUGUGUCGAAAGCUGGGGCUCAGAGUAACUUGAGCAUUUUAGAGGAGGCGGAAGUUAGCAAAGUUCCGGUUCCAGAUGAUUGGGUAUUCCAGAAAAUCUCUACGACAUUAAGGAAAGCUUACGGCAUGGAAUUGUUGGGUGUUGAUGUGGUCAUCGAGAAUAAUAGCGGUCGUUACGGGAUUAUCGAUGUCAAUGCGUAUCCAGGUUACGAUGGGUUUCCGAACUUUUUCGAAUCACUCUUUCAAUGCAUUUCCGAUAAAGUGAACGCAGUAGGAGACAAAAAUAAAAUAACUACUUGUGAUAGCAACAAAAUUCCAAACAACGAUAGUCGUGAUACGAAAACGACAAUUAUUUAAUUAUAUUAUAUACAUUUCCCAUUGCUGCUACACUUCACCAAAGUGUGGCAAUAUUGGUUUUCAACUUUACACAGUUACAUAAUUAAUUUUCAAUUAAAAGUGAUUUUACACAUUCUCUAUUUUAUAUUUUAU